AUGGAGGAUCGGUCAAAUUUGGGCUUAGGUGCGAGGCAAAAAAGGAGAAGCUUAAAGGAGAAAAGAGCCUCUAGUGGCACGAAGCGGAUGCGCACCGCCGCUGCUUUAAUUGAGGAGCUGUCGGGCCCUGAAUUGAUGGACGAAGGGGACGACCAUGGUCAAGGCAGUGAACAGCCGGUUCCAAAAAUAGCUCGACCACCUAAGCCAAGUGACCAACGUGUUCAUAAUACGCGUCGACGAGCAAGGAUCAUGGAAGAAGAACAAAGUGAGCGAAUGGAUAGAAUGGAGAGAGCUCAAGAAGAAAUGAGAGAACAGUUAGCAAAGAUGAUGGAAUUGAUAACAAGCUUAAGUAAAGGAAAAAGGGUUGCAGAAGAGUCAGCUCCGUCAGAAAACCCACCAGCACAAGACAGUGGAAACCAAAGGGAUGAUCCAUCCUAUCCCCUAGGGUUCACUCCACCACAUGCCCAAACCUUUCAAAGGGUCCACCCUCAAGUGAUGCCAUCCGUUUAUUACAAUGCACCACCCCCGCUAGGCCAUCAACCGACUCACGGGCAAUUUGGGCCAUAUUCUGGGAUAAAUCUUGCUGAACCAAUACAUGUCCCAGAUUUAGACGAUCCAAAAGAGCAAGAAAAACUAAGAAAGGACUUGUCACAAACAGGAAAAAAUGAAAAGGACCAGAAAAAGUAUGAUCUGUUGGAAGAACGUCUUCGUGCUAUCAAAGGAGUUGAUAGGUUUGGUACCAUGGACGCAACCGAGCUAUGCUUAGUGCCGGAUAUAUUGAUCCCUGCCAAGUUCAAGUUUCCGAAAUUUGAAAAAUAUGACGGAACAAAAUGUCCCAUGGCACAUAUUACCAUGUAUUGUCGGAAGAUGGCUGCACAGUCUCACGAUGAUAAGUUGUUGAUCCAUUUUUUCCAAGAUAGCUUGACUGGGUCAGCUGCUCGGUGGUACGUACAGCUAGAUCGAAAUCAUAUUAAAACUUGGAAAGAUCUAGCAAGAGCCUUUAUAGCCCAAUACAAGCAUGUGGCUGAAUUAGCCCCUGAUCGGUUGUCAUUGCAGACUAUGGAAAAAAAGCAAAGCGAGAACUUCAAGGAAUAUGCCCAAAGGUGGAGAGAUACAACAGCGCAAGUUCAGCCACCUCUCACUGAUAAGGAGAUGACUGUUUUGUUCAUAAACACACUCCGAGCUCCAUUCUAUGAGCGCUUGAUCGGCAAUGCCACAAAAAACUUUACAGAUUUGGUCUUAUCGGGAGAAAUAAUAGAAGGAGCUAUCAAAAGUGGCAAAAUUGAAGGGCAUGAAGUUGCCAGCUCAAAGAGAGGGAAUACGCCCAAGAAAAAAGAAGGGGAUGUGCAAGCAGUCGCUCACGACAGCCAACAAGCCCACAAUUUUAACCCGUAUUACCCGUACCCCCCAUACCAACCCUUCUAUCCGAACAUAGGCAACAUCACACAAAACCCAUAUGUGUACCAACCUGCCCCGCAACCAACAUUUCAAACCAAUGUUCUUCCACAAACUCCACCACCAAGACCGGUAGCUUCAAUCAAUAAUCCUGGUCAUGGUCAAAGAGGACCUAGAACUACCCUAGAAAAACCAAAGUUUGAUCCUAUUCCAGUCCCUUACACUACAUUGUUGCCACAACUCAUAGAAAAUUGA